AUGACUUUUAUCAGUAAACAUGACCAGGAAGACUCCUCUUUCGACAGCAGCACGAUGAUUUCGGUUGAGAAAGCACAGUCUGUGAAUGAAUGCACCUCGCUCAUCGACAGAUCAACUGAUGAACCCGACUCGCCGCAUCUCUACCCUGUCGACGUCGGGUAUCGCCCAUGGCUUACGCUCUUUGGAGCCACUUGCGGGAUGCUCCCGACCUUUGGCUAUCUGGUAGCAAUCGGCAUCUUCCAGGACUACUACCAAAACAACCAGCUACGAGACUACUCCCCCUCCCAAAUCUCCUGGAUCAACUCGCUCGACAUCUUCCUCACCAUCUUCCUCGCCGUCAUCGUCGGUCCCAUCUACGACGUCGUGGGCCCGCGACCACUCAUCAUUCCCGGCACAAUCAUCAUGACCCUCGGCGUCAUGCUCACCUCCAUCAGCACGCAAUACUACCAAUUCAUCCUCACGCAAGGCAUCCUGACCCCCAUCGGCUCCGCGCUCGUCUUCCACGCCGCCGCGCCAGCUACUUCCUCCUGGUUUGUGAAAUACCGCGCGACAGCGUUCGGCAUCGGCCACGCGGGCUCGGCCCUCGGCGGCGCAAUCAUGCCCGUCAUCUUCAACGGCAUCGAGCCCAAGUUCGGCUUCGGCUGGGCCGUUCGCGGAAUCGGGUUCUUCAUGUUUGGACUCUCGCUCAUCUGCUGCGUCUUCACCAAGUCACGCGUCCCGCCGCCUGGGUUCCAAAAGAUCGACUUUACGAAAACAUACAUCCGCCCAUUCUCGCAAAAACCGUUCCUCCUGCUCACCAUCGCCGUCUUCUUCGUCUUCUUUGGCGCCUUCAUCCCCGUCGCCUUCAUCCCCUCCCACGCCGUCUCCCGCGGCUUCUCCCGCGAAUCUGCAUCCUACCUCAUCACCAUCUUCAACGCCGUCUCCAUCCUCGGCCGCAUCAUCCCGGGAAUAACCGCAGACCGCCUCGGCCGCUUCAACACCUACGCCGUCUGCUCCUUCCUCGCCGGCCUCUUCACCCUCGCACUCUGGAUCCCCGCCGAAAACAGACCCGCAAUCAUCCUCUACUCCGUCCUCUUUGGCUUCUUCUCCGGCGCAUCCGUCUCCCUUUUCCAAGCCUGCGUCGCAGACAUCACGCCCAGUCCCGAAAUCGGCGCUCGGCUCGGCACGAUCUCGGCCGUCAUGGCCUUCGCGGCCUUAGCAGGCGGUCCUGUCGCGGGCGCAAUCAUCUCCGCAAACGGUGAUCGAUAUUUCGGCGCCGCGAUAUUCACUGCCGUCGUCAUGAUCUUUGGAGCGCUCAUGACGCUCGUGGCGAAGUUUUAUGCUACAAAGGGGAAUUUAUGGGCGUUGAGCUAG